ACGAACACCAGUUCGCAUUCUCGUUGCACUCAAGGUUUUUGUCUCCACUACCUUUACUGGAUCCUCAUAGGUACUCAAAAAUGACUCGCCUCAUAUCCCUCAUCGUCCUCGCAGCUGCGACUGUAUCUGCCUCUCCUCUUGCUGUCCGGCACACUGCUCCCGCUGAGGCUGCGCCCACUUCCACUGCCUGGAAUGCUGGUGCCGUUACCCAGUACCCGAUUCACGCUUCCUGCAAUGCCACUCAGCAUCAGUACAUUCGAAAUGGUCUUGACGAGACCCUCACCAUCUGCCGUCAGGCCCGCGACCACAUCCUCCGCUGGGGCAACUCUUCAGCCAUCUACCAGAAGUAUUUUGGAAAUGCUCCUACUGGCGAGCCGAUCGGUUGGUUCACCAAGAUUGUCGAUGGAGAUAAGUCGGAUGUUCUCUUCCGGUGUGAUGAUCCCGACCAGAACUGCGCCACUCAGUCGAACUGGGCUGGCCACUGGCGCGGUGUCAAUGCAUCUUCAGAGACUGUGAUCUGCGACCGCUCUUACGAACUUCGCCGUCCUUUGGAGGGCAUGUGCAUGUUCGGUUACGACGUCGCCAACGGUGCCACAAACUUCUACUGGGGCUCUGAUCUUCUCCAUCGUCUUCUCCACAUUCCCAGUGUUGGCGAGGGUAUCGUUGAACACUAUGGAGGUGCAGACGAGUACCCCGGUGUACUUGCUCUUGCUGAGUCUAACCCCACAGAGGCUGUUCGGAACUCAGAUACUCUCCAAUACUUUGCUCUGGAGGUAUAUGCGCAUGAUGUUGCCGUACCUGGUAUUGGCUGCGCAGGUCACUACCGCGAGGUCUCCUCUACCACUGCUCCUGCCGCCUCUGCUUCCUCAGCCAGUGCAUCCGCCAGCUCCACAGUGGCAUCAUCUGCUGUUGCUGCUAGCGUUACUUCCGCCGCUGUCAGCGCUACUUCCGCUGCUGCCUCUGCGGCUGCGAGCUGCACCCCCCAUGACGACCACUGGCACUGUCCUGCUGGCGUCCCUGAGCCCACCUCCCCUCCUCCUUAGAUAGUGGAGCUGAUUACGAGUCGGAUGCAGUUGCCUGAUGACCAUAACGAUAAUGAUAUUCGAGUCGAUAGACCAUAAAAGAUAAUGUUAUUACUUCAGCGUUUUUAGAACCUUCGCAAAAAACCAUAUCGUGCACAGUGUGAGCUCUUAGCAGGAGCAGGACAGGAGAUCGAGUUCUUGUUGUUGACGCAAGU